AUGGCAAGUGGAGGAAACACGGAUACUACCGAACGUAUAACUCGAAGCGAGUUAAACAAGAUGAUCUCGGAUGAAGUAACGAGGGUAAUUGAUGCAAACGUUUCCAAGCUAGCACAAGCGGUGGAGGGUCAAGUACUAAGCACGGUAGAGAAUAUGAUCACGGGCAAGGUGGAUGAAUUGAAGGAAAUGAUAGCCGGAAUUCAAGGCAAGAAAGAGGCAAGACGGUGCACCUACAAGGAUUUGAUGGCAUGUAAGCCUACGACCUUUAACGGGGAAAUUGAUCCCAUAGAAUGCCAAAGAUGGAUAGCUAACAUUGAAGGGGUGUUCAUUCGGAGUCAUUGUGACAAGGAAGAUCAAGUCAUGUUUGCCACGGGGCAACUUUUACGAAGGGCUAAAGAUUGGUGGGACUCGUAUAGUAAGGAGAUCGGAGAAAAUCGAGUUCAAACUUUGACUUGGCAAGAAUUCAAACAACCUUUUGUCAAGUAUCAUUGUCCACAAUCAGCGGUGGAUCGAAUCCAAGAAGACUUUCUCCGACUCCGACAAAGGGAUGAAUCUGUCAAUGAGAUCACGAACACCUUCCUUGAUCAACUGAAGUUUUGUGAAGAAAUAGUUGGGACGGAGAGAAAGAAGAUUAUACGUUAUCAUGGCAUGCUGAAGGCUGAAAUUCGGGAGUUCAUAACUCCUUCAAAAUGUGAAACUUUGGACGAGAUCAUCGAUCUAGCGAGGGAUAGGGAAAUUGAAAUAAAAAGGCAAGACGAACGUGGAGAGAAAAGGCAAGCCGAGAAGGGGUCAACACAAAGCUCAUCUAAGAAACCCAAAACGCAGGAUCAAGGAAAGAAAGAAGCUUCCAAGGGAGGUUUUCCACGAUGUAAGACAUGUGGAAAACCCCAUUCGGGUGAAUGUUUGUUGGGAAGGAAGGGGUGUUACAAUUGCGGGCAAGAAGGGCAUCCAUACUAUAACUGUCCGAAUCCCAAGAGGGUAUGCUAUAAUUGUAACGAAUCGGGCCAUGUGAAAGCUGAUUGCCCAAAGCUUAAACAAGGAGUGAAGAAGGAAGGAAAGAAAGAAGAACCCGCGAAAGCUAAGGGAAGAAUGUUCCAAAUCUCCACGGAAGAAGCGAGAGCUCACCCGAAUGUGGUCUCAGGUAUCUAUAUGAUAAACUCUAUACCCACUUAUAUAUUAUUUGAUACCGGAGCUAGUAGAUCAUUUAUUUCUAGUGAGCUUGCACGUUUCCCUUUAUUCACGAUAGAAAGAAUGUGUACACCUCUCGAAGUAGAAAUUGCCGACUGUAAGAGUUACCUUUUGCACGAAAUAUGUAGAGGUAGUAAAAUCACUAUAGAUGAUGAAGAUUUUGAUAUUGAUUUGAUUCCCAUGGUUUUGGGAGAAUUUAAAGUAGUGGUAGGUAUGGAUUAG